AUUUUACCCGAAAAGGGAGGGUUGGUUGAUUUACCGCUCUCUACCUCCCCUACCCCCUUCGGUUUAUCUCGUUUAUAUACUCUCUCUCUCUUCUUUGCCAAAUUUUCUCUCUCUACAUGUAUUUAUAGUUCAUUAUCUCUCUCUUUCUCUCUCUAUGUUUAUCUGAUCCGCCGCAUAAGCCUAAGGUCUAAUACACAAAACUUUUGCUGCUGAGCGAUCUGGGAACCAAAUUCAUCGUCUCCCUCGCGAUCUGCUCCAUUGGAGUGACAGAGCAGGGACGCUUCCACCCCUUCUCUGCGCUGAUUCUUGAUCCAGAUGAUAAUCCAGUCUAGUUAUCGCGAUCUCCGUCCAAUUUUCCAAUUUUGAUAAUAUGUUAGAUCUUUGUACCUCAAAGAAGCUGUUGAGAUGGCAUCAUCAGCAGCUGGGGCCACAGGAUGGUACAGAGGAAGGGUGAAAUCUGUUUCUUCAGGGGACUGCUUGGUGAUUACCGCUAUGGCGGCUAACAAACCAGGACCCCCACCUGAAAAGACCAUUACCUUAUCAUCUCUUAUUGCUCCUAGAUUGGCCAGGAGAGGUGGAAGUGAUGAGCCUUUUGCAUGGGAAAGCAGAGAGUAUCUGCGAAAGCUCUGUAUUGGAAAGGAGGUCUCUUUUAGAGUGGAAUACACAGUACCAUCUAUCGGGCGUGAAUUUGGAUCUGUUUUUCUCGGUGAUAAAAAUGUUGCAAUUCUAGUUGUUUCUGAAGGAUGGGCAAAGGUCAGAGAGCCGGGCCAGCAGAAAGGAGAAGCAAGUCCUUUCCUCGCUGAACUACUACGUCUUGAAGAGCAAGCUAAGCAACAGGGUCUCGGUCGCUGGAGCAAGGUUCCUGGUGCUGCUGAGGCAUCGAUUAGGAAUCUACCUCCCUCUGCCAUUGGUGAUCCUAGCAAUUUGGAUGCCAUGAGUCUAUUGGCCGCAAACAAAGGCAGGCCAAUGGAAGGUAUUGUUGAGCAGGUUCGUGAUGGAAGCACUGUUCGGGUAUAUCUGCUUCCAGAGUUUCAAUUCGUCCAAGUCUUUGUUGCUGGAAUCCAGGCUCCAUCAAUGGGAAGAAGGGCUUCAUCAGAAACUACUGUUGAAAUUGAAAUUCCAUCUGAUGACCAAAAUGGAGAUGUUUCUUCUGAACCUAGAGCCCCUCUAACUUCUGCUCAAAGAGUUGCAGCUUCAACGCCCUCAUCUGUUGAAGUUUCUGCUGAUCCAUUUGCAGCGGAAGCAAAAUAUUUUACUGAGAUUCGUGUGUUGAAUCGAGAUGUACGUAUUGUCCUUGAAGGGGUUGACAAGUUCAGUAAUUUGAUUGGCUCAGUAUAUUAUCCUGAUGGGGAAUCAGCAAAAGAUCUGGCACUGGAACUUGUGGAAAAUGGUUAUGCAAAAUAUGUUGAAUGGAGUGCAAAUAUGAUGGAAGAAGAAGCCAAGAGGCGGCUGAAAGCUGCUGAACUUCAAGCCAAGAAAACCAGGUUGAAGAUUUGGACAAACUAUGUACCCCCAGCUACAAAUUCAAAGGCCAUCCAUGACCAGAAUUUCACGGGAAAGGUGGUGGAGGUUGUUAGUGGGGACUGCAUCAUUGUGGCUGAUGAUGCUAUCCCAUUUGGCAGUCCAUUAGCUGAGCGGCGAGUCAAUCUUUCAAGUAUCAGGUGUCCAAAAAUAGGCAAUCCUCGUAGAGAUGAGAAGCCUGCUCCCUAUGCCCGUGAAGCAAAAGAAUUCUUGAGAACACGCCUUAUUGGAAGACAGGUAAAUGUUCAAAUGGAAUAUUCUAGGAAGGUGGGCACGGCAGAUGUUCCUGCAGCUGCAUCUGGAUCUGCAGAUUCCAGAAUAAUGGAUUUUGGAUCAGUCUUCCUAUUAUCUCCUAUUAAGGGUGAAAGUGAUGAUGCAGCUCCUGCUUCAUCUACUCCUGGCAGCCAGCAGGCUGGAGUGAAUAUUGCUGAGCUGGUGAUUGCACGGGGCUUUGGCACUGUUAUUAGGCAUCGAGAUUUUGAGGAGAGAUCAAAUUAUUAUGAUGCCCUACUUGCAGCAGAAUCACGUGCUGUUGCUGGGAAGAAGGGAAUCCAUUCUGCCAGGGAUCCUCCAGUGAUGCAUAUAACAGACCUGCUUACGGCAUCAGCCAAGAAAGCAAAAGAUUUCUUGCCAUUCCUGCAUCGGAGUCGGAAGAUUCCUGCUGUCGUGGAAUAUGUCCUCAGUGGGCAUCGCUUUAAACUAUUAAUUCCCAAGGAAACAUGCAGCAUUGCCUUCUCUUUCUCUGGUGUCAGAUGUCCUGGUCGUGAUGAGCCAUAUUCAGAUGAAGCAAUUGCACUAAUGAGGCGAAAGAUAAUGCAGAGAGAUGUUGAGAUUGAAGUGGAAACUGUUGAUAGAACUGGAACUUUCUUGGGAUCUUUAUGGGAGUCGAAGCACAAUGUUGCAAUUACACUCCUUGAAGCUGGCCUGGCCAAACUUCAAACUUCCUUUGGCAGUGACAGGAUUCCUGAUGCCCACCUUCUUGAACAAGCUGAGCAAUCUGCCAAAAAACAGAAACUUAAAAUCUGGGAAAAUUAUGUUGAAGGAGAGGAAGUACCAGCUGGUCCAGCUGCUGAAAGUAAACAGAAAGAAGUGCUAAAGGUAGUUGUUACCGAAGUUUUGGGUGGUGGUAAGUUUUAUGUUCAGACGGUUGGGGAUCAGAAAAUUGCCUCUAUUCAGCAACAGCUUGCUUCUUUGAAUCUUCAAGAAGCUCCUGUCAUUGGAGCUUUUAAUCCUAAGAAGGGUGACAUUGUCCUUGCUCAGUUUAGUGCAGAUAAUUCCUGGAACCGAGCAAUGAUUGUCAAUGUACCUCGAGGAGCUGUAGAAUCCCCUAAAGACAAGUUUGAAGUAUUCUACAUUGAUUAUGGAAAUCAAGAGGUUGUUCCCUACAGUCAGAUACGGCCCUUAGACCCUUCUGUGUCGUCUGCACCUGGUCUUGCUCAGCUUUGCAGCCUUGCAUACUUAAAGGUUCCAGGUUUGGAGGAUGAUUUUGGUCAAGAAGCAGCUGAGUUUUUGAGUGAGCACACUUUAAACAGUGCAAAAGAGUUCCGUGCCAAGGUUGAGGACAGGGAUGUCUCAGGUGGAAAGGUUAAAGGUCAGGGAACUGGGACAGUCCUUAUUGUAACUCUUGUUGCUGUGGAUGCUGAGAUUAGCAUAAAUGCUGCCAUGCUUCAGGAAGGACUUGCUAGGUUAGAAAAAAGAAAGAGAUGGGACACCAAGGACAGAAACUUAGCCCUUGAUAACUUGGAGAAGUUCCAGGAUGAAGCAAGGACUGACAGAAGGGGGAUGUGGCGCUACGGAGAUAUCCAGUCUGAUGAUGAGGAGUCGGCUCCUCCGGCCAGAAAGGCUGGUGCUGGGCGCCGAUGAUUUUAAAGUUAGUGACUUUGUGAGGUAAAUUAAGUCGGAAACAACAGAGUGUGGCUUAAGAUGAAUUUAAGUUAUAGGCUUUAAUUAUUCGCUUUUAGAGCAAGAGGGGAAAAAAAAAAAAAAAAAAAAAAAAAAAAAAAAAAGACGGAAAAUGUUGCAGUAUAGACUUGCUUGAAGUUUUGUUUUUGUUGCAAAUUGUCAUGAUAGGUGGGAACCAUUUUUUUCUCAUUUCUUAAUAAAGGUGAACUUAAAUC